AUGAAUUCGGCACUUCUAACAAUACUUUUGGUUUUAUGCGCGACUGACUGUGGAGUCACAGGUGUCAUCCCUCCUCCAGACAAUGUCAAGAUAACUUCAUUCAACAUGGGAUUGGUUCUAGAAUGGGAUCCGCCGCAAAAUUUCACCAACGACAAACUCACCUACACGGCAGAGUACUUAGGAUGGAAAGACUAUGAGGUGGGCUGUAUAAAUUAUUCAUCGCUCAGCUGCGAUUUCACAGACUUCUUGUCAGUUUUCGGGUUGUACAGUUUCCGUGUGCGUUCAGAGCUCAGUGGAGAGACCUCAGAUUGGGUAGUGAUGAACAAUGUGGCAGUGUAUGAAAUAACUACAAUCGGACCCCCUGUCGUGACACUGCAGAGCAGUGAGGGUGAAAUUGAUGUCAGGAUCACAGAACCCGUCCUCAGAAACGGAAAACUCCAAGACGUUUACGGGGGUGUCUAUUACAACAUCAGCUACUGGAAAGAAGGGGAAGAGACAGAGACCAAACUGCUGACUAGUGAACAGACUUGGGUGGUGUUACCAAACAUAGAAUCUCUAGCCCGUUAUUGUGUGAAGGUGCAGAUCUUUUCCACAUUAACACCAGACCUAAUCAGUCUGCCCAGUAAUGAGACCUGCAUCACCAACACUUCCAGCGGUAAGGUGCAGCCCUGGCUAAUAGUGGUGAUCCUGUUUGUUAGUUUUCUGCUGUCAGGAUUAGUUGUGCUCUUGCUCUUCGGGAUUGGGUGGUGCUCCUACAAAGGAAUUCGCUUCCUAUAUCCAAAAGCCAAGCUGCCCGAACAUUUCAAACAGUGUAUUUUAGAACCCUCAAUUUCAGCCUUGUUUCUUGAAAACAUGAAAAGCAAGCCUGUGGAACUUUACCAUGAGGUCAGCAUUGUUACUGAGAACUCCGACAAGCUGCCACAGUGCCCCCCUCAGGCAGGAGGAUCACAUGGCACCCAGGCCGACAGGGCAGAAAAGAGUUGUGGUGUCAGAGAAGACGGGACGACACGGUCGGAGGAGAAGGCGGGGAGUGACAGGACCACGACCCCACCAGUAAACGAGGAGACAGAACAGCUUUUACAGCUGUGAACUAGGGAUGAUUUUUGCCGUCCUGCUAAUUU